AUGGCUGCACCGAACGACAACCGUUUCUCGGUCCUAAUCAUCAACCCAAACACUUCAACCCACAUGACGAACGCACUCAAACCCAUCCUAGAGCGCUUGGACUAUGCAGAUAUCUACUUUGAUUACUUCACGGCACCUUCCAGUGAGUCUGUCACACUCCCGGAUGGGCGCAUUAUCAACGGAGUGCCUAGCAUCGACUCGGGAAAGGAUUCUAUCACAUCAGCCUUGCAUUGCAGGCCCUUUGUCGAACCGCUUAUCCCAAGAUACGACGCAUUCCUUGUGGCAUGUUAUUCGGCUCAUCCCUUAGUCGGCAUGCUGAAAGAGGCGAUCACAGAGUUUGAGGAGACGUCCUCCAGAAGAGACUCCGCAGUACCAGAGUACCGAAAGAAAUAUGUGACAGGCAUAUUCGAAGCUAGUGUCUUGACCUCUCUCUCCCUCAUUAGCUCUUUCCAUCUGACAGGAGAUGCAAACCUUCAUAAAUCCCAAGCGAAAGAUACAUUCGGCAUAGUUACCACUGGCAGCAUCUGGAGAGACGAACUGACAAGAGCGCUCACAGAGAUGAUCGUGAAUUCUGGCGACAGCAACGGCUCUACUUCUCGCUUUGCGGGUGUGGAGACCACUGGAUUGACAGCCGGAGAAUUACAUACUACGCCUGCCGAAGAGGUGAGGAGAAGAAUCAGCGAUGCGACAGAGAGCCUCAUCAAAAGCACGUCGUAUCCUUUAAGUGCCAUUUGCAUGGGCUGUGCGGGAAUGUCAGGCAUGGAGGAAGCGGUGCGGGAUGGAUGUAUCAGGGCAUAUGGUGAACGACAAGGCCGACGAGUGAGGAUAGUUGAUGGCGUAGUCGCCGGGGCCGUCGGCAGUCAAUUCUGGCAACAGCUUUGCCUUGAGCACGGGAUUAGCCAGGAUGGGAACUUGGAAGAGUUUGCGACAGAAGGCGGGGAUCGCAAGGAUGUCUUCUUCUACCAGAGCGAUGAUACCAGAUAUAUCCCCCGAGCGAUCCUUCUGGACUUAGAGCCAAGAGUCUUGAACUCAAUACAAAGCGGACCUUACAAGAAUAUCUACAAUCCCGAGAACUUCUUCAUCGGUCAGCAAGGCAUUGGUGCUGGGAACAAUUGGGGUGCCGGCUACGCCGCCGGCGAGGUUGUACAAGAGGAGGUCUUCGACAUGAUUGACAGAGAAGCGGACGGUAGUGAUUCUUUAGAGGGCUUCAUGUUCCUGCAUUCGAUUGCAGGAGGAACCGGCUCGGGACUUGGUAGCUACAUCCUAGAGCGGAUGAAUGACCGAUUUCCGAAGAAGUUGAUUCAGACAUACUCGGUUUUCCCAGAUACCCAGUCCGCGGAUGUCGUGGUCAAUCCGUACAACAGUCUGCUAGCCAUGAGGAGACUGACGCAGAAUGCUGACUCUGUGGUUGUUCUCGACAAUGGUGCACUCUCGAGGAUUGUUGCAGACAGACUUCAUGUGCAAGAGCCUUCGUUCCAGCAGACGAAUCAGCUUGUAUCCACCGUCAUGUCAGCCUCUACUACCACCCUCCGUUACCCCGGCUACAUGCACAAUGAUCUUGUUGGAAUCAUCGCCUCUCUUAUCCCCACACCUCGCAGCCAUUUCCUGAUCACAUCAUAUACACCCUUUACCGGUGACAAUGUCGACCAAGCAAAGACAGUUCGCAAGACCACCGUUCUAGACGUUAUGCGCCGCCUGCUGCAGCCGAAGAACCGCAUGGUCUCAAUCAACCCCAGCAAGUCUAGUUGCUACAUGAGUAUCCUCAACAUCAUCCAGGGUGAAGCAGAUCCCACAGAUGUGCACAAGUCUUUGCUGCGUAUCCGCGAGCGACGCUUGGCAUCCUUCAUCCCUUGGGGUCCGGCUAGUAUCCAAGUCGCCCUGACCAAGAAAUCUCCAUACAUACAAAACACGCACCGCGUUAGCGGCCUGAUGCUGGCGAAUCACACGUCAGUGGCCACUCUCUUCAAACGAAUUGUCCAACAGUACGACCGCCUGCGGAAACGAAACGCAUUUUUGGAACAGUACAAGAAGGAGAGCCCCUUUACGGACGGUCUUGGCGAAUUUGACGAAGCGCGGGCUGUGGUGAUGGACCUUGUAGGUGAAUAUGAGGCAGCAGAAAGAGAAGACUAUCUGGACCCAGAUGCGGGCAAGGAGAAGGAGAUGGGGGUGUGA